UCGGGCGCGCCUGCUGCCACCGCGGCGCGGGCUUUGCGGCGCCAUGAGCCUGUGGGCCGACAAGCACCGGCCCGGCGCUCUCGCCCGCCUCGACUUCCACCGCGAGCAGGCGGCGCGGCUCCGCAACCUGGUUCAAUGUGGCGACUUUCCUCAUCUGUUGGUGUAUGGACCAUCAGGAGCUGGAAAAAAGACGAGAAUAAUGUGCUUGUUAAGGGAAUUGUAUGGUGCAGGAGUGGAGAAACUGAGGAUUGAGCAUCAGAGUAUAACGGCACCUUCUAAGAAGAAAAUUGAAAUUAGCACCAUUGCAAGUAAUUAUCACCUUGAAGUUAACCCAAGUGAUGCCGGAAACAAUGACCGUGUAGUAAUUCAGGAACUCUUGAAGACAGUAGCACAGUCCCAACAGCUUGAGACAAGCACUCAGCGAGAUUUUAAAGUGGUGCUGCUAACAGAAGUUGACAAACUCACUAAAGAUGCUCAGCAUGCUUUGCGAAGAACAAUGGAGAAGUACAUGGCGACCUGCAGGUUGAUCCUGUGCUGCAACUCCGUGUCAAAAAUUAUAGGACCUAUUCAAAGCAGAUGCCUGGCUAUACGAGUGCCUGCUCCCAGCAUUGAAGAUAUCUGCCAUGUCUUGUCCAGUGUGUGUAAGAAAGAAGGCUUGACUCUUCCUCAGGAACUGGCUCAAAGGAUUGCAGAGAAAUCUGGCAGGAAUCUUCGGAAAGCACUACUUAUGUGUGAGUGCUGCAGAGUACAACAGUAUCCUUUUACUGCUGAUCAAGACAUUCCUGAAAUGGACUGGGAAGUUUAUUUGAGAGAAACUGCAAAUGCCAUUGUUGGUCAACAGACACCACAAAGGCUUUUAGAGGUCCGUGGACGGCUUUAUGAACUCUUGACACAUUGCAUUCCUCCUGAGAUUAUAAUGAAGGGCCUCCUAACAGAACUUCUAAAUAACUGUGAUGGACAACUGAAAGGAGAAGUUGCACAGAUGGCGGCCUUCUAUGAACACCGCCUGCAACUGGGCAGCAAAGCCAUUUAUCAUCUGGAAGCAUUUGUUGCAAAGUUUAUGGCCAUUUACAAGAAGUUCAUGGAGGACGGGCUGGAUGACAUGAUGUUCUAACAACCCAAAUUUGUACACAGAAUGUUGUCAAGAUACCAAUAAUUUUGCAAGUGCCUACUUGCUGGUGCUUGAUUAUAUGUGGGUCUAGUUCUAAGUGAAAUAUUUUUAUUUUGCUACUUAAUAAAGCAAUGUUUGCUCAGCUUUAGAAACCAGAUGGAGUGUUUGACAGCCACAAAUCCAUCUUUAGAUCCAUACUAAAUACUUUGGCCUUUCAAAGAAUAAUACGUUGCCUUGGAAAAUGUAUAAGAUCAUAGUUGCUUUGCAGUAUUUGUAAGCUGACAUUAAGAAGAGAGAACACAGAUGCUGCGUGCUUGGGGUUUUUUUUGUUGAUCACAGAUGGGCAGGGCUGUAAGAAAAAAAAAAAGCUUUUUCCAUGUUGU